GGUAGCGAGGAACGACAGGUGGGGGAGCAGAACACCUGGAUGACUUCCUGCCAGGGAACAAGCGCCUCAGUCCUCAAGCAAGAACGUCCGACACCGGUUACAGCGCUACGAGUCUCGAGAGACGUCGUAGUCCACGAGUUCUAUUGGUGAACGCACGAGCAUCAACACGUCAUCGCCACAUUAACCCCGUUUGAAGAUACCUGUAACGAGGAAACAGGUUCGCAUGUGCGUUCACUCGAACCCGUGUUUCGAGCACGCGUUCGCGUUCAGUGCUCAGAAAAAGAACUGAAGAGAGGGUCUCUUGCACCCCGCAAUGACGUUUUCUCUGAGGUGCGUUCGGUGAACUUUUCUAACGAAGUGAGCUCGUGGCGGACGUAUUAAUUACCGUUUCGAGUAGGAGUGAUACGAGUUCCUCGACAGUUUCCCGGAAGGAGAGGACGUUCAAGGUUGGAGUUCACGCGGGGGUACACGCUUCCCAAAGAAAUGGAACGCAGAACGCUUUACUUCCUACUCAUUGUUCUGGCCACCAAAGGAUCCGAUGGCACCGGAUGCGGUUAUCCGGGCGCACCGGCACAUAGCAGCGUGCGUUUCACCGGCAGAGGUAUCGAUGACGUCAUAGACGAGGAGGAUGCCCUCCUUAAGGAUACCACGUUACCAGAGGGUACCGUAGCUACGUAUUCCUGUGAACGAGGAUUCGAGCUUCUGGGUCCAGCGAGAAGGGAAUGCCAGGCUGAAGGCAUGUGGGCGCCGGAAGGUGUGCCUUUUUGCGUACUGAACGUGGCCGGCGGUAAAGCGCCGAUGCAGUCCAGCAGCGCGGAGGGCGGAAUUCCGCAGCGCGCGGUCGAUGGAAGCAGCGGCCAGGCUUACACGCCGCAAACCUGCACCCUAACGAGGCCCGAGCGUAGACCAUGGUGGUACGUAAACUUGUUGGAACCGUACAUGGUGCAGCUGGUGCGACUGGACUUCGGCAAACCGUGCUGCGGCGAAGGUAUUCCCGGCACGAUCAUCGUCCGAGUUGGUAACAACCGACCAGACUUAGGAACGAAUCCCAUUUGUAAUCGUUUCACUGGAGCUCUGGAGGAAGGGCAGCCUCUCUUUUUGCCUUGUAAUCCGCCGAUGCCCGGCGCUUUUGUGUCGGUGCAUUUGGAGUCUGCGGGAUCCGUCGAAAUUCCUGUACAAUUAUCCCUAUGCGAGGCAUUCGUUUACACGGAUCAGGCUCUGCCGAUCGAGAGAUGUCCUCAAUUCCGGGACCAACCGCCAGGAUCAACGGCGACCUACAACGGCAAAUGCUACAUAUUUUAUAAUCGCCACCCGCUGAUAUUCAGGGAAGCUCUGGCCUUCUGCCGUGCACGCGGCGGUACUCUCGUGGACGAGAGCAAUCCUGCUCUGCAGGGAUUCAUCUCCUGGGAAUUAUGGAGGCGACACAGGAGUGACACGUCCAGUCAAUACUGGAUGGGCGCGGUGAGGGACCAGAAGGACCGGACGCUAUGGAGAUGGACUGGAAGUGGCGAGGAAGUGUCCGUCUCGUUCUGGAGCUUACCGCAAGGUACCGAAGAGGACUGUGCUCGGUACGACGGCAGUAGAGGCUGGCUCUGGUCCGAUACUCCUUGUACAGCUAGACUUAAUUUUAUCUGUCAGCAUCAACCACAGGCUUGCGGCAGGCCCGAACAGCCACCAAAUUCCACGAUGACGGUCACCACCGCGUCGACCAAGACCCCUGGUAACGUAUACGAGGUUGGGGCAACCGUGGAGUACAGUUGUAACGUGGGUAGCCUUCUGAUCGGACCGGCGACCCGUACUUGCCUCGACACCGGUUUCUACAACGAGUUUCCGCCAGUGUGCAAAAGUAUCGAAUGUGGCUAUCCGGCGAGCAUAAAACACGGUGGCUACACGCUCAUCAAUAAUACCGUCAGUUAUCUCAGCCAAGUGCUCUAUUCCUGCGACGACGGAUACGAAAUGACCGGACGCGCCCGAUUGACUUGCGACAUCGAUGAGCGUUGGAAUGGUCCACCGCCGCGAUGCGAGCCGAUUCUUUGCGAUCCGCCGGCUGCGGUCGCGCAUAGUUAUGUCGAGAUAGAUGAGAUCGACAAAGGUGAAAGUGUCCCGGCGAGAAAUAACUUCAAUCGAAGUCUGCUGGUCGGUAGCAUCGUCAUCUAUACCUGUGAAAAGGGUUACCGGCUCGUUGGAUCUCGACAAAUAAUGUGUUUGAAUACCGGAUUAUACGACCGCGUCGCACCCACUUGCAUAGAAGAACCACGGACAACUGUGAGUUCUCCUACCCGAGCGACGAUACGUUCGUCCACUCCAAAAAUUCGGACGUACCUCACCCCGAGGAUCAGAACCACGACGAGUGCGACGACCACAAGUACGACUUCCUUGCCGUCUAGAAACGUGCCUAACACCGCGGAACUCCCAGCUACGGUGAGGGAGACCGUCUCGAAGAGGCCGAGCAUUGGCCUGAAUAAACACACGCCUCCUUCGUCGGUGCUCAACGACGCCGGCAGCGAUCAUCCGCAAGAUAAUGAGAUAUCUGGAAGUGGCGUGGACCAUGCACAAGCGGGGAUCGGCGCGGGGGUGCCGGAACCAUCUGGUCCCUUCCGGGUGGACAGCGCCGAGCAACCCAGCGGUGCCCAUCAGGCCAAGUUGAAUCUGGGGGCCGUGAUCGCCCUGGGGGUGUUUGGCGGUUUUGUGUUCCUCGCCGCAGUGAUCACGACAGUCGUUAUACUCAUACGCAGAAACCGCGGAAGAAGCAGUAAACACUAUCGUCAUCGUGCGUCGCCCGACUGUAACACCGUCGCCAGUUUCGACAGCAGUUCCUCGGAGAGCCGAGGGGGUCUGAACCGGUAUUACCGCCAAGCCUGGGAGAAUCUGCACGAGACCGCCGGUCACAAGGGCGGUCAUCCGCCGCUUCGUCGCAAGGAGACCCUGGAUGAACCAGGAUACCGGGAGAACUUCCGCGGUAACAACACCGAACGCGACGGCUCGGAAUUGGUCGUCAGCGACGUGGCCGCAUACCCAUCGAGCAAGCACGCCAGCGUCUCCGAUAAGAAGCGUCAUCAUCACCAUCAUCACCAUCAUCAUGGAAGCGCGACGCCCGAUUGGAGACAGUCGCAAUCCCAUCAUAAAUACUAAACAGAGAGUAAAACUAUAAAGCGGGCGAGAAUCUUGAUUGAAACGUGUUCGCUAUGUCAUCAUCUGCGAUCAUCUGGACGGUGAUUUGUAGAAAGGAUUCCGUAGCGUUCGCAACUGUUGCGGGUUAAAAGAUCUUCCUUGAACGAGGGAGCACAGCGAAUCUUCCAUUAUCAGUAAGCUAAGUACCUAGACUAUUAAGAUGUGUUAUAUCGAGACGGAUGAUAAUCCGAAAUAGAUCCUACAUAUAUUGUUCUGUUAUAAAUUAUUUACCGUCGUUCUGUUACGGAAUGUAAAUAUUAUACACAUUGUACCUUAAGAAUAAGGAUGAUGGAUAGUCGCUCGUCGUAAGGAAGGUAGUAGAAGCUGGUCAGAGGAUAUGCCAAAAAAAGCAAAGAAGUAAUAUAUAAUAACGAUCAAAUACAGACACAGAGUAACACAUAACGCUUAAAGAUAAGUUAUUGUAAGAUCGAGGAUUUACGUUAACCCCUUACCCAUUCGAAAUAAUUUGUCCGAGGAGACACCAGAUAUCGGCAGAACUUACAUCUGUAGUAUGGGUACCUUGGCCUCGCUUUAAAAGGAUUACUAUGUUUCCAGAAAAACGGGAUAUUGCAUAUAGAUAUCGUUAAGGGAAGGCCGAUGUUAUCCAUUUAGAAAUAAGUUGAAUAUUGUGUUAACUGUUGUGCACAUGUACGAGCUGUGCGUUUUGCAUGCAAAUAACUGAGGAUUCGAAGGCACGUUACAGCUAUGUACAUAAGUGCCUCGUUGAUCGUAUUACACCUUCAUUAUAUAUGCUACUAUCGAGUUUGUAUUAUAAAUAUAUAACACUUAGCUAUAUA